UAUGUUUUUCCGGUGCACGGGACAGGGAAGCUACAGGAGGUUGCGAUAACGUCAGUUGAAUUGAUGGAGUUAUGGCUUUACAAGAGAUACUCGCUCGUUCGUAUCCUGAUCUAUAAUUUAAGCGGGAUUCGAAGAAACCCUGCAGGUCGCCUGCUGACAUGUUGAGCAAUGGCCAGCAGUGCGCCUUGCUUGAACGCAGGCCCCUUCUCCGAAGCCGUUAUGUUUGUGUGAAUAUGAACCAGCAUUUUUGUGAACCUAGUAGUAGUAGUAUAGAAACUUGUAGAAGUCAUAUAAUUCUGUGUUGUAGAGUUGUUUUAGGGCGAAUUUAGUUGAACAACUGCGUGGUAUAUGCUGUUGUUCCUGUCCAACCUUCAGACUGUUGUUCUCCGUGGUUGAGACUCAAGGAAGUAUUUAUUUUAUGACACGCGCGCGGCCGGCGACGUCACUUUAAUGUAACUUUAAUGUAAAUCCGUGUGCGAAUGCGGAAUGGGGCGACACAGGCGCGCGCAGAGCUGUCUCGUGAGCAGCCCUCCUCGUCCUCAGAACAGUUUUGCGCUGUUUUUGCGUGCUUUUCAACGCUUUGUGGCACACCGCGCAGCGGCAGUGCUUCUUCUUGUGAGCUUCUCUUCGCUCUCAGUGUUUCCGGAACAGUUUCGUUUUCAUUGAAUUAAAUUAAAGACCUCUCCGGCCGAUUAUUAUUUUUUGGUCACUCACUCACUGUGUGACAAAAUUUAAGUAAGUUAACGUUUUUCUUCAGCUGCAGCAGUCGAGUGUCGUGUGUGGAACUUGCGCGUGCAGCAUUUUCCCUCUCUUUUUUCUUUUUUUUUUUGCCUGUUUCAGUCAGCGGAGAAACUAGUGGUGGAUGCUGAGACAGGCGAGCGCGCUGUCUUUCAUCUCGUCCUGUCCGUACCUGCUACAGUCCGAGAAGAGGAGCGCCAUGUCGCGGUAUAACGUGCGCACUUUGACGGACUGGCUGUACGGCGGGGUGGACCCUCGCUUCGCGGGCAACGGGGGCCCGCAGUGCGCCGCCUUCCUCACGGCCGAGCAGCGCCUCGCGGAGAGCCUCGUCAUCAGCCUCAUCUCCGUGUCCGAGGUGGCGCUCGCGCUGCGCCGCAUCGACGUCUCCAGGGACUUCAGGGAGGCGUGCAGGAGGGAGGGCGCGCGGCCGCGGGAGGGCGUGGGCAGGAGCGUCUUACUGGUCUUUCUGUGCCUCACCUUCGGAGUGGAGGUGGGCUUCAAGUUCGCCACCAAGACCCUCAUUUACCUGUUGAACCCCUGUCACGUGGUCACCAUGAUGCAGAUCUUCCUGCUAGCCUGUCCACCAUGUAGAACAGCCAUGGUCGUCUUUAGGCUCCAGGUCCACAUGCUGAAUGGUGCUGCUUUGGCUCUACUCUUCCCUGUUGUUAACACCAGGCUGCUCCCUUUUGAAAAGGAAGUGUACUACAUUCAACACAUCAUGCUGUAUCUGGUUCCUGUCUAUCUAUUUAGGAAAGGAGGAGUAUACAAACCAGAACCUUUGAGAGAUUUGUGGUGGGCUCUUCUUUCCACUGGGGUCCUCUUCCUGUACCACUUCACCUUCCUGCAGGCCCUGGGGCUGGUGACAGAGGUCAACCUGAAUAAUAUGCUGUGUCCCGCCGUCUCGGACCCAUUCUAUGGGCAGUGGUACCGGGUUUGGGCCACGGGCCACCAGACUUUGCUCACCUUGCUGCAUGGCAAGGCACUGACAGUGAUCUUCUACUCCUCUGGCUCUGCCUGCAGACAUCUCAUGGAGAUGGGCAGACUGCGUAGCAAAAAGGUGGACUGACUCACUAUUCCUUGUGCUUUUGUCCAUAGUUUCACUCCAGUUUUAUCAAUGUAAAAAUGGAGGUCAGUUUGCUAAUAUUUUUAAAUGUAUUUGUACUUUUUAUUACAGGAGUGGUAAAGAUAAAUUAUGCAUGGAUUUGUGAACUUGGGUAGCAUUGUUAAUUUUACAGUGUGAAUUUAUUUAAAUGUGCUGUAAAAGUGACUUUUCUCAGGAAGCCUUUGUUGGGUAUUCAGACUUGACACUGAUAAGAGCUUAUUUUACUAAGAGUUCAUAUUAUUAGUGGUCCUACAUGGUGUACAUAUCAGUUUUUUGAAAAUGUAGUUCAUUUACAUACCAAGCCUUUAGUGAAAAUGUGAUAUAAGGGACAUUUUAAUCAGUUAAAGCAGUUGAGGAAUCUGGCUGGAUCAGCAGGAUGACACACUCCCCCCACUGCAGGACCACGGUUCUCUGUGUUCUGCCCAGUCUAAUACCCUGGUCUCGCAGAGUCCACAAGUUCUUGGUGUUUUCUUGGGUCUGGGACCUCUGGCACAGAAUGAAGUAAGAGGCUACCAGGACACACUGGACUCAAGAGCCCUGCGAGGGCCACUACCUGGCUGAAGAGCGUCAGCCCUUACGUGCGGAUAAAGGGAAGUCAUUUUUGUGGAAUAACUGAUGGACAUUGUGGGCCCUGUGUUUUUCAUACUGUUUUGUCAUUUAAAUUAAACUGCCACUUUAAUUUU